CUUCUGCCAUCACCACAUCACCAGCACAGAUCAACACUGCCAAAAGAAAUACUUCCGGAGCAUCAGCGCCGGGUCGCCAAUGGGAGCCUCUACAGUCUGUGUCUGGUGGCUGGACAUUGCUUUAGGUUAUAUGAAAGAAAUGCCUCCUCCACUCUAAGGUCUGCCAGGAACACUGACUUGAAGAGGAUCAACGGAUUUUGCACCAAGCCCCAGGAAAGUCCCAAAGCCCCGACCCAAUCCUACAGACACAGAGUGCCACUGCGCAAACCCCCGGACUUUGAGAGGAAGACACUGUUGUGGUCAGGGCACUUCAAGAAAGAGGAAGACAUCCCAGAGACAGUCUUGUUUGAGAUGCUUGUUACUGCAAAGAACAAGAUCCAGGUGAAGGUCACCUAUUUAAAGAUUGUCCUGACAGUGGCAGGAUGCAUCUAUAUGGUCUUUGAGGGCAAGAAGGCUGCAAAAAGACAUGAGUCUUUAACAAGCUUGAACCUAGAAAGGAAAGCCCAUCUGAGAGAGGAAGCAGCUAUGAAGUAUUUGUGCUGCAUUUGGAAAACCUGGGAGAAAAGUUGUAAUAACAAGCCUGCAUUGGAAAGAACGUGUACGAGAUACACUUUGCAGACAUAUGCUUUGCACAGAUUUAUUCCACUUCCGUAUUUCUGCUGUAGAGGAACAAAUAAAUUUUCUUAAAGGAAAAAAAGGAAAAAAGAAAUACUUCCAACACUCUUCAAACUGGGACCUCCUCAUCCGCAACUGUAUCAUCCUCAAGGUGCCUCACCCUUGAACUCUCAGGCAGAUGUUCCAGCAUCCCAUCUACCCCUACAUUUGUCUCUAAGCCCCUGUUCCUCCAUCCCAGAGCUCACCAGUCUUAGCCUCUGGUCAGUUUUUGAAUCUUCCCUCCUCUUCUUGAUGGUAAAUACUGUUUUACCCAAACCUCAUAUCUGGCCAUGUUCCCCGACAGUUACCUUCCCUGGCACUUUCAGUUCCCUGAACAAGGGUCACCUUGUGUUGCAGUGACCAAAGAAGUGUCAGGCCAGUGGAUCCUCUGAAAGCACCACAGACAUAAGGCAUAUGGUUGAAGACACAUCAACAAGACUAAUGGGACUAAUCGGUAUUGUCUAAACACAACCAAACGUAUAAGAACCAUACAUUUAAGAAAAUAAAACCCAUGGGACAUGGAGACACAUGCCUUUAUCUCAGCACUCAGGAAGUAGAGC